ACAUCCGUACCCAGACCUCUAUAUAUAUAUAAGUACCUGUAAAAAAGAAAAAAAAUCUUACUCCCGCCUAUAUCCUCCUCCAAUCCUCAACUUUGACGCUACUACAGGACACCCUUCCUCCUCCACUCUAAAACUCAGACUUGUCUUCUCUCUUUCCUUUACCUCUACUCCCCCCCUCAUAUAAGAAUCAGUGCAUGCCGUGUACGGGAACCAGUGCUAAACGGAUUGUGAUUCUGUGCAGACUAUUUUUGUUUGUGGAUUAGCUGUCAAAUGACAGUUUACAUAUAUUUAUAUAAAUUUUUUUUCGUUUAACCAAUUAUUAGUGGUUGUGAUUGCAAUAAAAUGUCUGUUACGGAUACGGUGGAAAUAGACAAUUUUAUAAUAAUGGAGGCUAUCAUGAAACGCGAUCAAAGGACUACGAGUCAUCGUGUUUUUAAUAAUUAUAAUAAAAAUAAUAACAAUAAUAAUAAUAUUAAUAAUUAUUAUUUUUAUGCUAUUGAUAAUUUACAUAGGACGUUUUGUAGAAAAUUUUCACGAGUGUAUUCUUCUAAUCAAAGAAAUAUUUAUAGUAAUAGUAAUAAUAGUAAUAAUGUGGUAAAUAAUAAUAAUAAUAAUAAUAAUAAUAAUAAUAAUAGUAGAGUUGAAAUUGGAAAUUGUGUUGAUUGUGAUCCUAUUAGACAUAAUUUUAAUUGGAGAUUUAAAAAAAUAACACGACCUACCACGUGGUUAAAAUUUAUUUGUUUAUUGCUAGGGCUAGCAGGCCUACUGAUACUAUUUCUGAUAAUAUCAGUACAGGGUAAACCAACACCAUCAAUGGCAUUUCAUAGUCGACUUUAUCAGUCAACUCCUAAAUGGAUAAAUCCCUGUGGUGAGCCAGCUGGAAAUUCGGAUGGUUCUAUUUAUAUGGAGCCACUUACGGACGAACAGUUAUUAGCUACUGUUGUAAUACAAGCUAAAACUGCACUUGACCAUGCGAAACUUUUUUGUGAUAAAUAUGUCAAAGAAUCGUUUGGAUUAAAUAUGGCAUCAACGCACUCGUCGUGGAAAAGUUCUCGUUAUGACUGGCUACCUGGUUUACAGGAGAUACCCAAGCAACUCGGCGAGGACUUGUCGAAAGAAUACUUAGACAAACUUGAGGUGCGGAUGAUUGAUGAUGCAUUGAUAAAUACAUACGAGUACAUGCAAAAAUUUGCAGUAGGCUUAGAGCAAAUAGCUUGGGAUCAGAGAGAAAACCGACUGGCCUUUCAGACGCAGUUUGAAGAGACUGAACACAAACUCCGUUCUGUCCUAUGUGAACUACAAGUUGCAAUGGUGGAACGAGGGGUAACUCCGCGUCCUGACGUAAAACGUGAAACAAUGUCUGAUGAAUUUCGGGCAGUGGCUUUAUCAAAUACUUCCCGAAGUGUACGUGACUGGUUAAUUUUCCGUGACUAUAUGAAUGGAUUAGAGUACAUUGUACAAGUAUUCAGUCAUCUUAAAAAAAAUCUUGAGUCUUCUUGAGGAUGGCAAGGCGGAGUAAGUCGGCGUAAUAGAACAAGACGGCGAUUUAUUCGUUUCAACCAUUACAGCAACAACAACAACAACAAAUACAACAACAACAACAACAAUAAUAAUAAUAGUAAUAAUAAACGAAUAUUAAACAUAAAUCGUCAAAUUGUAUUAUCACCAUCGUGAUUUUAUAUUUUUCUUACAUGUCAUUUUGCUUAUGCGAUAUAGUACUUAUUUUCGAUAAUAAAAAAUAUUUAUAAAUUUUGAAAGUUAAAUUAUAUACACAGAGAGAAAUUUACGGUAACAAUUACAAUAUAAUAUGGGAAUGGUUCCCAUAAUGCAUGGUAACCGGUUUUUUUAAAAUGUUGAUUGUAGGAACGGCACCCAUAUAUUGUAGUUAUCAUUACUAUAAUAUUAUAGUAAUCGUUACCAUAAUAUUAUUGUAAUGGUUACUAUAAUAUUAUGGUAAUGGUUACCAUCCUGUUAUAGUAGUGGUUCCUAUAAUAUUAUAGUAAUUGUAGCCAUAAUAUUAUGGCAACCAUUACCAUAAUAUUAUAGGACCCACUACUAUAACAGGAUGGUAACCAUUACCAUAACAUUAUGGUUACCAUUACCAUAAUAUAUGGUAAUUAUUACCAUAAUAUUAUAGUAAUCGUUACCAUAAUAUUAUAGAAACGAUAACUACCGUAUUUAUGGUAAAGGUUACCAUAUUUAUGAUAAUGGUUACCAUAUUUAUGGUAAUGGUUACCAUGGUUAUGGUAAUGGUUACCAUAUUUAUGAUAAUAGUUACCAAAUUUAUGGUAAUGGUUAUCAUAUUUAUAAUAAUGGUUACCAUAUUUAUGGUAAUGGUUACCAUCAAUGUAGUAACCAUUAUCAUAAUAUAUAGUAACUAUUACCACAAUAUAUGGUAACCAUUACCAUAUUUAUGGUAACCAUUACCAUAAAUAUGGUAACCAUUACCAUAAAUAUGGUAACCAUUACCAUAAAUAUGGUAGUAAUCGUUGCUAUAAUAUUAUGGUAACGAUUACUAUAAUAUUAUGGUAACCACUACUACCACAGUAUGGUAACCAUAAUAUAUGGUAACUGUUACCAUAAUAUUAAAGUACUCGUUACUAUAAUAUUACGGUAAUGGUUAACACAUAUUAUGGUAAUGGUUACCUUAAUACGAUGGUAACGAUUACUAUAAUAUUAUGAUAACAUUUACCAUAAUCAUUACCAUAAUUUUUUUACAUGCGAUAAGAGAACUGUUACCAUAAUGACGGGAAUUGUUCCCAUACUUAUGGGAACUUUUCCCAGAAAGUAUGGGCCAAUAUCCCAUAAUCCCAAGUAAUCAUUACUAUAACGGUAUGGGAUGAUAUUUCAUGAACGAACUUGGAACGUACUUGGAACCAUAAAUCUUUCUCUGUGGACAUUUGUAUUAAUCGAUUUUAAAAAUAAGAAAAACAAUAAUUAUUAUUUUAAAAUUAACAACCGCCGACAUUCACCGCCGUAUGUUCAAUAUAUAUAUAAAUAUAAUUUAUUUAAUAAAUUAUUAGUAACAUUUAUAAUUUUAAUUCAACACUCACUUAUUUCUGCACAUAUUUAAUAAUACAAAAAAAAAUUUAAUCCAAAGAUUGAAUUAAAUUUUCUGAUGUAAAUAAAUCACCGCUAAUAUUAAAAAAAAAUAAUUUUGUAUAUAAAAUACAAAAUGUACGAUUCCGCAAUUAAAUUGUAUAUUUUAUU